GUUCUGGUCAUGGGCAGAGCGAAUGUGGGAAAAACCACCAUCCUCCAAAGAGUGUGUAACUCUACAGAUAAGCCAGAGGUCUUCAAUGUAAAAGGAAACAAGAUUGAUGAUACUGUCAUGCAAGGCACUUUGGCACAUGGCUACCAUAGGAUUGAGCAAGAGCUCAUUUUUCAGAGUAACCCAGGCUUUGUGUUCCAUGAUUCAUGUGGGUUUGAAGCAGGGGCUGCAGAAGAGUUUGACCAAAUGAAGGAAUUUGUGGUUGACCGUGCAGCCACUCUGAGGUCUAAGGCAACAGAAUGUAGGUUUUGCAUCCCCAUGACUGAGAAUUACAGGACAGUAACUGCUGCUGAGCAGAAGUUCUUCAAUGAGUGUGACACAGGACAUGUUCCUGUGAUAGUGUUAUUGACAAAGGUGGAUACCUUGCAUCUGGAUGCAAUUGAAGAACUUGAGGAUGAGGGUUGGGAGAUAGAAGGAGCACAGGAAAAGAUUGCAGAAAGGGAAAGGGAAUUGUUGGAGAAGUGGCUUGCACACAUAAAACAUGAGCUUGGCAAGUGCAAGUUUCCCCCUAAAGGAUAUGUGUCACUUCAAAAUGGGAGUGCAGACUGCAAUGCUUUGAUGCAGUGCACAGCAAAUAUGUUGAAUGAGGAAGGUUUACAAAGGUUGCUUAUAUCAACACAGCAGUCAAGUAUUACACUAUGUGUUGAAUAUGCUGUGCACAGGUAA